ACGGGUUGCGUUCCAGGAGUAUUAUUCCAAUCCAAAGCUCGACCAUUCUACCGCGUAAAAAAGAAAGGCGAUCAACGAUCAAAGAAACCUCCGAGUCUUAUAGAAAGAGAGAAUCGCAGAGCUUCUCCAUCUGCUUCGAUUCAACCGACGGAAAAGAGAACAAAGAAAAUUUAUCUCGAUUUUCGGUCGCCAUGAGCUUUCUAUUUGGCAAGAGAAAAACUCCCGCAGAACUUCUGCGGGAAAAUAAGAGGAUGCUGGACAAAUCUAUAAGGGAAAUAGAUCGGGAGAGACAAGGUCUACAAACGCAGGAGAAGAAACUAAUUCUGGAGAUAAAGAAAAGCGCCAAGCAAGGGCAGAUGGGAGCUGUGAGGGUGAUGGCAAAAGAUCUCGUUAGAACACGCCAUCAGAUUGAAAAAUUUUAUAAGCUUAAAUCACAACUCCAGGGUGUAUCUCUUAGAAUCCAGACGUUGAAAUCAACACAAGCCAUGGGGGAGGCAAUGAAAGGCGUGACAAAGGCAAUGGGCCAGAUGAAUAGACAGAUGAACUUACCAUCAUUGCAGAAAAUUAUGCAAGAAUUUGAAAGGCAGAAUGAGAAAAUGGAAUUGACGACUGAAGUGAUGGGAGAUGCUAUUGAUGAUGCUUUGGAAGGGGAUGAGGAGGAGGAAGAAACCGAAGAUCUAGUGAAUCAAGUUCUCGAUGAGAUUGGAAUUGAUGUCAAUCAAGCGCUUGUUAAUGCACCAUCAUCUGCUGUUGCUGCACCACCAACCAAGAAUAAGGUUCCACAAGUAGAAACAGUGGGUAAUGAUGACAGUGGAAUAGAUAGUGAGUUACAGGCAAGGUUAGAUAAUUUAAGAAAAAUGUAAUUUUCACUAUAAACUUCAGAUCUGCUGUAUAAAGUGAAAGUCCAUCCUAUGAAACUUAUGAAAACUUUGCCAGAAUGUAUCAACGCGUGGGUUGAAACGAAGUGGAGAUUUCAGUAAAA